UUAUCAAGGAGUUGAGUAUUCCCCGAUCAGACAACCAGGACCUGUCAUUUCCUACAAAAUAUUCACAGAAUUUCUACGGUCAAUGUGCCGCAAACUUUUGGAAGCAAUACCGUUCGUACUGGAAGAAUCCACCCUACAAUGCUAUGCGCUAUCUGAUGACAUGUCUCUUUGGCCUUGUAUUUGGUACAGUAUUUUGGCAAAAAGGAAAGAACAUAGAUUCACAACAAGAUUUAUAUAAUCUGCUUGGAGCCACUUACGCUGCUACAUUCUUUCUUGGGGCUUCAAAUUGCAUCACGGUUCAGCCUGUUGUAUCGAUUGAGCGAGCAGUUUUCUACCGUGAGAAGGCAGCGGGGAUGUACUCUCCGUUAUCCUAUGCAUUUGCUCAGACAUGUGUGGAGGUCAUCUACACCAUCUUACAGGGGAUACUGUACACAGUCAUCAUAUAUGCGAUGAUCGGAUAUGACUGGAAAGCGGAUAAAUUCUUCUAUUUCCUGUUUUUCAUCACUGCAAGCUUCAACUACUUCACAUUGUUCGGCAUGAUGUUGGUAGCAUGCACUCCCUCCGCAUUGCUCGCGAACAUUCUCAUCACGUUUGCUCUACCUCUGUGGAACCUCUUUGCUGGAUUCCUCAUCGUUAGACCGGUGAGCAUGCAAGCUACUCUUCUGGGUUCCAAAAUUUGAGUGAGACUCUGAUCUGAUCUGAUCUGAUGAUUCGCAGGCAAUACCAAUUUGGUGGAGGUGGUACUACUGGGCGAACCCUGUGUCGUGGACCAUCUAUGGCGUUGUUGCGUCUCAGUUUGGCGAGAACGAAGGUGAGCUUUCAGUUCCCGGUGGGACGCCCGUGGUGGUGAAGCAGUUCUUGAAGGAUAAUCUCGGCAUCCAGCAUGACUUACUCGGCUAUGUUGUGCUCGUCCAUUUCGCCUACGUCAUUGUGUUCUUCUUCGUAUUCGGUUAUUCCAUCAAGUUCUUCAACUUCCAGAAACGUUAGCGGGAUCAUUUGUAUGUAAUUAAUCGGUCGCCGUAAGUUCUAGUUCUAGUUCUAGUUCUAGUCAAAGCAAGUGCUUGUUUUGGGAGGAAGCCUGUAUGCAAGUAGCAGUGUAUUCCUCUUGUUUCUUCAAUGCAAAAAUAUUAAAAGGAAGAUGACGAAUGC